UUUAAGGGCAAGGACAGAUUCCAAGUGAAGGAAUGAGAGCAUACAAGAGAGCACUCUUGAGAACUUAAUCUUGCCUGCCUUUGUGAACAUUCUGGUGUAGCUCCCCAUUUCACUUUAAAACAGAUCUUACGAGAUUUUCCUUAUAAAUAUAUAUAUUUUGUUGUUGCACACUUUAUCCUUCAGAGCUUUCCUAAACUUGCCCUCUUUACUUAUUGAACAUGAAUUGGUUCUGCUUGGUACGUCUGGUUCUCUUCUCACUGGCUUGGGAUUGUCCAGCGAUUUACAGCAAUCCAAUGACCGGGAUUCCAGGCACAGGAUCACAAAUUGAGAUGGACUGUCCUUCCAGCUGCGUGCCAUCGUUUCCUAACAGUAUAUCAGUGACUAAGGACAUUGUGGCUCAGGAUCAGGAUCAGGACGGGCUAAACAUGAAGUCAAGGGAACUGAAUCCUAAAUUUUAUGAAGCGACGCGGGCAGGCCAGGCAGUCCAACACUACAUCAACACCAUCCAUGGCUCACCAUUCAGGCUGUAUGUGGUGACCCAAGUUCACAAGGCAACAGCAGAGGACAUGGGGGAAUUGGGGAUGAAGUACAUCCUUGAAUUUUCUGUAAAGGACAUAGUCGGUGAGAGUUCAGAGGGUCGUUGCUCGGCAGAGGUGCUCUACCCCAGAGGGGAGACUCAGCAGCAACCUCAGGUUCAGUGCUCCUGUGAUGGUCUACCUCGUCUCAACACGUCGGAUAAGGAGCAGGCGUUCUACCAGCAAUAUAGUGACAAUAGCAAUGCUGUAACUGCAGACUACAUACCAGACAGCUACGGGAACAUGGAACCUGAUAUGAUCCCUUUCUGGCACUUGGGAUGGUUGGCCGCCAGCUUUAUCAUGCUUAAUGAGUCCAAUGAGAACACACGGUACAACAUGGCUCAAGUGUCCAAACUCAAUCAACUGAAAAGUGCAGAAGACCAGCUAAACUUUGAGUACGAGAUUCUCCUUCACGAUAUGGUUUCCCAGGAGAUUAUUCGUUGGAAGCUGCUAAUCACCUGGUCUCCAGAAAAGAGUGUAAAAGUGGUCAAGAGUGAACUGCUGCCACGAUGCCGUUGCAACUCAAACCCCGACACUUUAAAUGUAACAUCUUCCCCCCAGAAUUAACAUUUCAAUGUAAAAUUUUCCAAACACUAUACUUAAAUCAAGUCAUUUACACACUCAUGAUGAAAAACAUUACUGUAAAGUUGCUUCAUUAAAUGACUGCCAAAAUCUAUCAACAUCUACAUUAACUGUAUUAAUGCCUUAAUUCAAUAAAUAUAUAGGCUACUUCAA